CGGCAUUUGAAGGAAACAGAAUCAGCCCACCACCUCUCUCCCACUCCUCCUUCCUUUUCCAAUACACUAUCUAUGAUUCUCUAAUCUCUCUCUAACUCCCUCCAUGUCUGAUCAGAGAGAUCUCCGAAGAAGGAAGCUUUCGGCCAAUCGAAGAACCGCCAGACGACCGCCGCCGGAAGCUCGUCCAUCGGAAUACGCCAAUAUUCUGACGAGCUACAAGUCGGAGCCAAUUCUGCCAAACGCCGGCGGCGGAGAGGUGGUGGUGAUCGUAGAGCAGCAGGUGGAGGAAGUGCUUUAUCGGCCGCAGACAUGUGCGGACAUAUUUUUGCCCCCUUCUGAACCCUUACAGCGGUACAAUAGAGAUGCAAAGGUAGUGGUAAAUGUGACGGUUGAGGGAAGUCCAGGAGCAGUUAGAACCAUGGUUAAGUUAGGAUCUGACGUGGCGGAGACGAUCAAGCUCGUCAUCAACAAAUACAACCAAGAAGGCAGAACGCCGCCUCUUCGUGAAGCCGCAGCGGCUCAUUUUGAGCUUCACCACUCCUUUUUCAGUCUUGAGAAAUUGAAGAAGUCAGAUUUGAUGGGUGAUAUUGGUAGCAGAAGCUUUUAUCUUCGCAAGCAGAGUAACAUCAGCAACCAUGAAAAUGAAGCAGCACAGAUUUCCAAUGCUCAUCCUUUCCUUCAAAAAUUCUUCAACACCAUUAUUCGAGCAACACACAAGAUAUGGAAAAUAUUUGGUUGCAUUCCUUAAUUUAUUUAACUAUAUUACUACUAUUUUUUACACUCCUACAUGUAUAUAUUAGAAGAGUAAGUUGUUACUAGUUUUUCGAUGCCAAUCAUCAUUUUUGGAUGGUCGGUUAACAUGGGAAGGCUGCAUUGUGUACAUAUAUAUUUGUGGUAUUGUAAAUCUCAUAAUUUGAAUUGUUA